AUGCCCCCACCGGCAAAUGCUUCUGGAACUAGCCGUGCGACCGGUCAAAAGGGUUGGAGUCGCCGAAGUGCCAGUUGGACGCCUCAAGAAGACGCGAGGUUAGUUGAGCUAGUGAAAAAAGAAUCUGCGGUGCCCCCGUCCAUCUCUGCGUCUAAGACUUGGAGUCGCGUCGCUUCUCAGUUGACAAAUCGCACUGGGAAGCAAUGCCGCGAAAGAUAUCUCAAUCAGUUGAAGCCAGGUAUCCGUCGGGAUCCGUGGUCGCCCGAAGAGGAACGUAUUCUUCGUGAAACACAUGCGAAGAUCGGAAACAAGUGGGUUACAAUAGCUCAACAACUUCCUGGCCGUACAGACAAUUGCGUGAAGAAUCAUUGGAAUUCCAUGCUGCGUAAGCGCCAACGACGUGAGGCUGCUCUUCGAGCCACUGAAGCUGAAGUUGUGGCUACUCUCGGGAGUGCCCAGGGACACAAGUUGCACCAUGAUUUCAAGAGUGAAGCGGAUCUCUCUGUGCAUACUGGAUAUGCCACUCCGUCCGGGGUCUCGUCGUCUUACCACGAUCUGCCAACAUCUGGUGUACCGAGUCCGUACACUGCUUCAUCUCCAAUCACUCCAAAACGCGACUCUAAGCUGCAAAUAUCUACACUAGUCGCACAUUCGAGGAAGGAACUACUGACGUGGAGCGUACCAUAUGUUCAACAUGUGAACAUCGGACCUGCAUUGUACGGCUCGGAAGCAGUGAAAGCGCAGAACGCAAAGCUCCAAAUGUCAGCUCCUGUUGCUCGCAACGUUCUUGGAGACAGCGUUCCCCUUCAGACCUCCUCACCUCAUCUCUGCGCGAACCGCAGUGCUCCUCUAUUCCCUGCUCCUCUGUUCCCUAAUGAAGCGAAUAGUCCUGUUGUCGCCUCGCCAGGGUGCGGUCUGUCUGGGUCUCCCAUGCCGAAGGUGGUGGUACCCUCGCCGAUGCGGUCGAUGAUGUCACCCACUUCUACCGACCAAAGAACUUUAAAUAGUCCAGAAACCAUUGCAGCUAGAGAUGUUCGCAUUGCACCACCAGUGCGCCGAAGUUCUCGACUUUUAUCGUACGGUUCGAAGAACACUGGCCCUUCUACGCUUCCAUGUAAGCCCAUGAAAAGCCUCCGAAAAACGAGGAUGAGCAGUGGCCUUUUAGGUGACGAGGUUGGCGCUAAUCCUCUUGCAGCAUUGGCAGCAGCUGCGAGCAGCGUGCCACCCUCACCCUUGACACCAGAGUCUAGAUUUAGCGCGACAAGUCGCAGCAGGUCUGUAUCUCCUGAUCCUCGUCUAUGGCAAAGGCGAUCCAAAGCUACAGCAUGCACCAACAGUGUGAGGGCGGGCUUGCAAAUCCAAAAGCCAUUGGUGGGAAUGAACACAGUAUCACGGAGCGGUCCCACCGGUGAAAGGUCACGAAGCGACGAUAGCGAAUGUCGUCGUGCGGAACACGUGGAUGGCAACAAGUGACGUUAAAUAAGCGCCAUCCUUCAAGAAUCUUAAGCGCUCUCGAAGUUGUAUACGAAAAAGGAAUCUUGUUUUGCGCAGCUACUUCUGAGGUCGCAAAACGUGCCUGUGUCUCGCAUUCCUUGGUAUUCUGUUUUCUGUCGAAAGGCCUUGAUACUAAUCGAUUUGGACAUGUUUAGUAAGCUCACUCUUGAUGUAUACAUUCUUCUCAAGCUGCGUCGAACUGGGCUUAAAGGAGAAAACUCAUUUGCGCGUGUGACAUUAUCUGUGGUUGGGGUGGGGGUUAGUACGUUUGCAUUUUUACAGUGUCCGCACUUUAUUCGUGGAUGUUAAGUGGUGGAGAAAGAGAAUAAAUUCGAUUUAGGGUAUGUGCUCAUAGCUUGGCAAAGUUGCAUUUCGCCUUUCGUAAAGGAAGCGCGAGCCUUGAAAAGGAACAAGCAGUAGUGCUGUUCUAAGGAUUAUCGUUCGUGAAUAAAACGGGAACAAACGCUCUGAGCA